UUUAAAGAAAAGCUAUUCCCGAAAUCAUUUUUUCUUUGUUCUCUUAGACAUUUUCACAAACACUUUGUGGGUAUACUAUUCGAAACGUUUCAAUUUAUUAACAUUUCUGAAAAUGGCAAGACCACAACAACGAUAUCGCGGCGUACGUCAAAGGCAUUGGGGUUCUUGGGUUUCUGAAAUUCGCCAUCCCAUUUUGAAAACGCGUAUUUGGUUAGGGACGUUUGAAACGGCAGAGGAUGCAGCUAGGGCCUACGAUGAAGCGGCCCGACUAAUGUGUGGGCCAAGGGCCCGAACUAACUUUCCUUACAACCCAAAUGCUCCUCAAACUUCAUCAUCCAAACUUCUUUCAACUACUUUAACUGCCAAGCUCCACCGUUGCUAUAUGGCCGCAUCGCAAGUCACUAAGAACUCAGCAAUGCAGGCCCAAGAAAGAGUACAAAGCCCACAUUUCUCGGGCUCAUCGACCGUCACUAGCCCAACAUUCGAGGAUUGGUCCCUCGAAUACGGGCUUAAAAAAGGACCAGUAUUAACUAAUCCCGAGCCUAAUUGGACAUCGAAGAUCGAGAAUACACAACUUGAAACGCAAUUACAACAUACUCUUUUAGAGGAGGAUCAUAUUGAACAAAUGAUUGAAGAAUUGCUUGAUUAUGGCUCAAUUGAAAUUACAAGUUAAUUAGCUUAAUUAAAUACUUUUAAUUACUCUAAUUGGCUUUAAUUAAUCUCGUGCCGGGUGGCACUUUUGGUCCUGAGUUGGGAAAAAACCAACCGGCCUGUUUUUUAUUCAUUCCUUUUGAUCAUGUUUAAAUAUUUUUUUUUUUUUUUUACAAAAUCAUUUAUCUAGCUUAGAUAAUUACUUCAUAAUUAUAUCUUUAUUGUUAAAUUAAACCAAAUUCAAAGGUGACAUAUUAAUUGUUAGAGUGUUGCCUAUAUAUCAUAAAUUACUCCCAUUUCAUUUCAAAAUUACUUAUGUCUAAUGUACUUGUUAUU